AGACUUCCUUAAAAGACAAUGGUCAUUUGAUUCAGUUUGGGCUGAUAAAAUGGCUAUAUUAGCUAGCAAGAAAGAUAUAAAGCUUUCAAACUCUCAGAUAUCUCACAGAGAAAGAGUCAUAUCAACAAAAAUUGCUUAUAAGAAUCACCUCUUCUAA